AUCGCUGUUGGGGUUCCUCCACCUGCUGACCUCACGAGUCUCACGUGGCUGACGUCAGUGAGGGAGAACCCUAUGGCCAUCAGCUAUGACCUGACCUCUGUGGAGAGCCUCUUUUCCGAUACCUUGAUGGGUGAAGACAGUCGUCUACAGCGCUACGCCAUUGAUCACGUCAGGGUCAAGGCCAAGCUCGCGGCUAUGAAGGACAAAUAUUGUCAGAAGCUGAAGAGAGAGGGCCUGGUGAUGGACUGUGAAGAAGCUCCGGGGGUAAAGCUGCUUCAAACAAAGCUCAUCGGGCGCUCGAGACUGAGACACGUGACCUCAGCUAACCAGUGUGUGGAGAAAUGUUAUCAACUUCCGGCCUGCGUGGCUGUCACGUAUUGUGCUGAGUGUGACAACAACGAGGUAGGACACAAGGACUGUCGUUUGUUCAGUGCUGACGACAUCCACAGCGCCGUGACCGACCCUCAGCGGCAGACGACCAUCUUGACCGACAAACUACAAACACUUCUGAUGCUGCACAACACCUCGACUGUUGCUGAGUCUGACAACUUCACCGUGACCUCAGCACGUGAGUGCAUGACCUCGUGCAGUGAAGAUGACCUGUGUGUGGCCUUCACCCUGAGUGACACUCACGAGCCCCACAUGACAUGUACUCUCCACUCGGACUCUCUUCUUCUGUCCUUCAAACAGUCAACAGAGAAUAAUGUGUUUUUCCUCGCAUGGCAUCACAAAAGUAUCUCAAGAAUUACACAAACUAACAGUUUUCCUACAUCCUCCUUGUCGAAGGACUUGUUAACUGUGUCAUCGACGACGAUUGCUCCAAUGAGAACGCGAUGUGUUCUUUUGGCAGGUGCCUCUGUCUUCCUGGUUUCUUCUUCUCAUCACGUGACAACACAUGUCUGACUACAUGCAGCCCACCUGACCUACAAGACACCUUCAUGGAGUAUUCUGAAAGCGAAAUUAAAGAUGGAAUAAAUCUGAAAACAUGCAAGAAACUGUGUGUCAGUAGUGAUCAUUGCUUAACCUUUGACUUCAGAGACACAGGAGGGCGCUGUGUGCUUCAUGAUGUGACGUCACGUGAGGCUGUGUCAGGAUGGUUUCCUCUGACCAGUACAGGGUGGACUCACUACCAAAGAACUUGCCUGAAGUCAGCCGCCUCCUACCCGGGUCCAGCCUGGUACAACUCGUCUUGUACCCAAGACACGGACUGUCCUGACCCAUUCAGCCUCUGUUCGUCGGGCAGGUGUCUGUGUGCAGUGGGCGCCAUUUCUUCUGAACAGGAAGUCACGUGUCCUGCUGCAGAGUCGUGCGGCGAAUGGCAGAAGGCAGGAGCCAAGUCUGGUGCGCACUUCAUUCGACUGAAAGACAAGAAGGAGACGAGUAGAGUGUGGUGUGACAUGGACUCCAGUGGCGGAGGUUGGCUGGUGUUCCAGAGACGUCGUGACGGGUCAGUGGACUUCUACAGGAACUGGACUCAGUAUGAAGACGGCUUUGGUGACGUCACAGGGGAGUUCUGGCUGGGCUUGUCAAGGCUUCACACCCUGACCAAAGGGAGACCCACCCGACUGCGUGUAGACCUUGGCGAGGUGAAUGGACAUCGUCAUUACGCUGAGUACUCGACAUUCAGGGUGGACGGUCCUGAGACAAACUACAGACUGACCGUGUCCGGCUACUCGGGUAACGCGGGGAACAGCUUAGAGUAUCACAACAACCAGAGUUUUUCAACGUUUGACCGAGAAAACGACAAGCACUCUACAGACAACUGUGCCUCUGUGUAUCACGGCGCCUGGUGGUACAACGCGUGUCACCACUCUAACCUCAACAGCCGAUACAAGGCUGACGGGGCUAAGGGUCAUGACGGCUUAAAAUGGUAUCACACUCACAGUGACUACAGGAGCUUCAUCUUCACCGAAAUGAAAAUGCAACCAGUGUAACACCGCCUUGUCUCACUGCUUGUAACGAUUCGCGACUCAAAGCGAAUGCUAUUUCAUUUUGUUCUAAUUAUUUGUUGUCUGUGGUACCAGGGGAGAGCAGUCACGCAAGUGUUGACGUAAUCCCCACGCAGAUUAUUUCACGUCAUUCUUGUUUUACGUAGAGAAAGUGUCAUAGGCGUAACUAUGGCGACUGCAGCCGAUUGAGGUGGGAGCCAUGCCAACUACACGGUACAAAGAUUAUGAUUGGUCGGCAUGGACCCUACAAAGAAUCACUAAGCAGUCGCCCUAGUUACCUGGUCGCUAAAGGUCUGAUUGGUCAUUAGAGGUAGAGUAGAUAGUUAAGUUGUGCAAACUAACGUUGCUGGUGGACAGUCAGAGACCAGCAGCUUGAGGAGUAAGACCUCCGAAGUAUAGUGCGACAUUGUUAACGGACGCCAACGUUCAUCGCCAUAAGUGGUGGAGCACAAGGGAUACAGCGGGCAUCUGAGUGGAGCGCAGUUGUUCGAAUAAGAUUACCUGAUGAACGGGGUGUUGGAUAUCGGGGAAAUUGUAACUUUCUACGGACGGUAGACAGUAGGCGUAGGCGGUAGAGCUAUUUUUCUUGUUUCUUUCACAUUCCAUUACCACUUAGUUCUCUUAAAACAUUAAAUGUGUUAAUUGUU